AUGGGUUAUUGGAAGUCUAAGGUUCUUCCCAAGAUCAAAAAGGUUUUUGAGAAGAAUAGCACCAAGAAAGCUGCUGCUGAGGCCUCCAAGUCCUUUGAUGAGGCUAAGGAGGAAUACAACAAAGCCUUUGAAGAAAAGAAGACUGAACUUCAAACUAAAGUAGUUGAAAUAUAUGAAGCUUCAUCAACUGAUAUCAAGAGUUUAGUUAAAGAACGCAACGAAGCUGGGCUGAAGAAGAACUCCACAGAAGUUCACAAGUUCCUAGAAGAGCUUGUUAAAAUUGAUUUCCCUGGAUCAAAGGCAGCAUCUGAAGCAUCUUCUAAGUUUGGACCAGCCUUGGCUUCGGGCUCGGUUUUAUUUGUGUUUGAGAAGGUGUCAACUUUCGUUGUUACAGAAGAGAAAGAAGAGAAGGGUGAAGUCCCUCCUACAGAAACUAAAACAGAAGAAGAAACGAGUAGUACUGUUGUCCAAGAGAGGGAGAUAGUGGUUGAAGAGGAGAAGAAGGAAGAUGCGAAAGCAAAAGUAAUAGAGACAAGUGAUGAGAAAAAGGUGGAAGAACAACCAGCCGCGCCUGCUGCUAAAGAGGAAGAGAAACCUGCUGAGAAAGAAGAACCACCAAAGCCUUGA